UCAAAAUUGAAUAGUUGAUCUUGCAUUAAUCACUAAUCAGUAAUCACAAAUUCACCAUCUCAUUCACCAUAAAACCCUCUUCGUCUCAAGCUCCAACAAAACAAAAUCGCUAAUUCCAUCUCUUUACUAUUAUCUUUAUCUCUUUUUCAUCAAUUAAAAUCCACUUCUACCAUGUCAACUUCUGGGCAACAACAAUUUAGGUAUACCCAAACACCAUCAAAGGUCCUUCACUUGCGCAAUCUUCCAUGGGAAUGUUCCGAAGAGGAGCUUAUUGAGCUCUGCAAACCCUUUGGUAAGAUCGUUAAUACCAAAUGCAAUGUCGGCGCCAAUCAUAAUCAAGCCUUCGUCGAAUAUGCAGACCUAAAUCAAGCUAUUUCAAUGGUUUCUUAUUAUGCUUCUUCUUCGGAACCAGCGCAAGUUCGUGGUAAAACAGUCUACAUUCAGUAUUCGAAUAGACAUGAAAUCGUGAAUAAUAAAAGCCCCGGUGAUACUCCCGGGAAUGUCUUGCUAGUUACUAUGGAAGGAGUUCAACCCGGUGAUAUCACCAUUGAAGUUAUUCAUUUGGUUUUUUCUGCCUUUGGGUUUGUCCACAAAAUUGCCACUUUUGAAAAGGCUGCUGGAUUUCAGGCUUUAAUUCAAUUCAGUGAUAUUGAGACAGCAAGUGCAGCAAAGGAAGCAUUGGAUGGGAGAAGCAUACCUAAGUAUUUGCUUCCUGAGCAUGUGAGUUCAUGUCCUCUGAAAAUCUCAUAUUCUGCACACACGGAUCUGAGUAUUAAGUUUCAAUCUCAUAGGAGCAGGGACUAUACAAAUCCAUAUCUUCCCGUGAAUGCUACUGCAUUUGAAGGUCUUGUUCAGCCUAGUGUAGGUGCUGAUGGAGUUAAAAGGGACCAAGAAAGUAAUGUGCUUCUUGCAGCGAUUGAGAAUAUGCAAUAUGCUGUUACUGUUGAUGUUCUUCAUACGGUGUUUUCUGCAUUUGGCACAGUUCAAAAAAUAGCUAUGUUUGAGAAGAAUGGCCAAACACAGGCUCUGAUUCAAUAUCCUGAUGUCAAUACAGCUUCCAUCGCUAAAGAAUCCCUGGAAGGACAUUGCAUUUAUGAUGGUGGCUAUUGUAAGCUUCAUCUAACAUACUCUCGCCAUACUGAUCUCAGUGUUAAGGCUUAUUGUGAUAAAAGUAGAGAUUACACAAUCCCGAGCCCCCCCAGUGUGCUAGCUGUCCAACAGACUUCUGGUUAUCCUAGUGUUCCUGCAGCACCAUGGAUGAAUCCUCAAGCGGCUGCAGGUUAUCCUCCAAAUGGCUUCAGAUCUGAAGCUACUAUGGCACCUCAGGCUCACGCACCAUCAUGGAACCCAUCUAUGCAGCAACAUGGCCGACAAACUUUUGUUUCGGUGCCUAGCACCUUUCCUGGCCAAACAUUCACAUCACCUCCCGUUCCUGCUUAUGCAUCAGCUCCAAUUUCAUCUGUCCCAGGGACUUCUAUGCCAUUUGCUUCCCCUGCUGCUUCAAGAGCUAACCAGGCUCUUUAUCACCCAUAAACGCGUAUGUUUUUCAUAAUUAUUAGAGAACUGCUUCUCAUAUCAUUGUAUGAAAUUUUUUGGUGUGAAGUUGACAUUUAUUUUUUUCGACCAGAUGUCACUUAUAAGAAAGCGAACUAUUGUUCUGUUCAUAGGUUUCCUUGAAAAGUUAGA